AAGCAACAUCCUUUACCUCUUCUUCCUUGAAUUAAAAACCAGAACUUGCAGUUCUACACCAGUUCUACACCUGUAACCCACCUUUUUUCUGGCUAUGGCGAUGCCGAAUGAAGUAUCCAGCGCACUUGAACUUAUCGAGUUUCAUUUGUUUGAGGAGUUGUCUCCCAUUGGAGGCUUUUCUGGGUCGAUUGUCAGUGAAGCAAAGCCUGAUGUUUCUUCCAUCUCAAAAAUUGAUUCUGAAUGCCUUGGUACCUCUGAUUUCUUCGAAUUUUCUCCCAAUAUGACCUCUUUCCCCAUCAACGGAAGCGAUAUCUUUGAGUUCCAGUCGACGGCGGAGAUCGUCGACCUCACAACACCAGGAAACCAUGAUUCCAGAUCUGAAUCGAAUGCAGCUGCUUUCGAAUUUGGGGUUAAACCCAAAGUUCAUACUAAAACAAGUUCUGAAAAACGGAAACCAUCCCUAAAAAUCUCGCUUCCGAAGGAGACAGAGUGGACCCAGUUUGCUGACCCGAAUUCCCAACCGGAUCAAGCUUUAGCUAAAGCCAAGAAACCGAAAGCGGAAGAGAGUAGGCAUUACAGAGGUGUCCGACAAAGGCCGUGGGGCAAGUUCGCCGCGGAAAUCCGGGAUCCGAACCGGAAAGGGUCACGGAUUUGGCUGGGGACGUACGCCACCGCGAUCGAAGCAGCCAAAGCCUACGACCGAGCGGCGUUUAAGCUGCGCGGCGCGAAAGCGAUACUCAAUUUCCCGCACGAAGUCGGGAGGUGCGAUGAAAGCGCCGGAGACGAAGAGAAGAAACGGAGCAGAGAUAUCGCCGGCGACGGUGACGGUGACGGUGACGGAGAAGAGAGAGAAGCGAAGGCGGUGAAAAGAGAAAAUGAUGACGUCACGAAGUGCGGGGACGGUGGGGUAUUGACGCCGUCAAGUUGGACGGCAUUUUGGGAUUGGGAAAGUGACGUGAAAGGAAUAUGUAACAUUCCACAGUUUUCGCCGUUAUCGCCGCACCCACCGUUUGGUUUCCCGCAAGUUGCGGUUAUUUAAGAUGAGUUUUCGCAUGCCAUUGCCACACUGGCUUUGACGUGGAAUUUUCUUGAUGUAAAUACAUAUGUUUUGGGUAUGGUUAUUGAUAUUAU